AUGCUGUACAAGGGCGAGUCGGCCUGGUCGGAGGUGCCCGAGUCCCGUUUCAACGCAAAGGCAUUCCAUCAUCCAGACAGCAACAGGAAUGGAACCUUCCAUACGCAUGGAGGGCACUUCCUCAAGCAGGAUGUAUCCGUGUUCGAUGCCCCGUUCUUUGGCAUCACUCCGUCAGAAGCCCGAGCGAUGGAUCCCCAGCUGCGUCUCCUGCUCGAGGUUGCCUUUGAAAGCGUGGAAAAUGCUGGAUGGACCCUCGAGAAGCUCAGGGGCAGCAACACGUCGGUCUACACGGCCUUGUAUAACCGCGACUAUCAGGCGAUGCUGCUUCGAGACCCCGAACACCUCCCUUUCUAUACUGUCACGGGAAACGGCGAAGCCUUGUUCUCAAACCGAAUUUCGUACUUUUUCGACCUGCGCGGGCCGUCCUUCACCCUCGAUACCGGAUGCAGCGGCGGUCUAGUCGCACUCCAGAAUGCAUGCCAAAGUAUCUGGACCGGCCAGGCGGAGCAGGCCAUGGUAGGAGGGUCCAACCUGGUCCUUGAUCCAUCGGUCAUGGUUGGUCCAAGUUUCAUGCAGUUCUAUAGCUCAGAGGGACGGAGCUAUGCCUUUGAUCAGAAGGCUGCUGGAUAUGGGCGCGGGGAAGGCGUCGCAUGUCUCGUGCUCAAGCGACUUUCGGACGCUGUCCGCGAUGGAGACCCUGUGCAGGCAGUGAUCCGGGCAGCAGCGGUGAAUCAAGACGGACGCACAAAUGGUAUCACAGCUCCAAGUGGUGAUGCUCAGGAGUCUCUGAUACGCAAAACGUAUGCCAUGGCCGGGCUUGAUUUGCACCGCACCUCGUACGUGGAGACGCACGGAUCUGGCACCUCGCUGGGGGAUCGGACUGAGACCACUGUUCUCGACGCUGUAUUGGUCACGGUGCUCGUCAGAAGAAACGACCCCUGCUCAUUGGAGUCGAGGCAAAUUUCCGUCAACAGUUUUGGGUACGGAGGUACCAACGCACAUGUCGUCCUGGAUGCACCCGAUCAGCCCGCAAUCCCGACGGAACCUACAAGUGAGAGCGACCAUCUGAUUGUCCUGUCUGCCCGCUCGCAAGCCUCUGGCCAGGAGAUGACUGCUCGCCUGCGGCAUUACCUGGAAACAAUCAGCGAUGUCGACACCCCGGACCUUGGCUCCCUGCCCUACACCCUCUGUGAGCGGCGGACCCCCUUCGCUUGGAGAGCGUCACUGGUCGUCGACUCUGUUUCUGAACUAGAGACGAAACUCAAGUCACUCUCCUUUGUCCAUGCUCCACCCUCUUCGCCCAAAGUAGCGUUCAUCUUCAGUGGGCAAGGUUCACACUGGUACGAAAUGGGCCGGGAACUGCUGGAGAAGCACCCCGUGUUCAGGUCGUCUAUCCACCAAGCCGAAACGUGCCUCACGAAGCUUGGUGCGGAAUGGCUGCUCAUAGAGGAGUUGACAAGAACCCCGGACGCCUGUCGGCUUGACAAUGCGUUUAUAGCACAGCCCGCGUGCACGGCAAUCCAGCUGGCCCUGGUCUACUUGCUUGCAUCCUGGGGCAUUACACCCACUGCGGUGACGGGCCACUCAAGUGGAGAGAUUGCAGCUGCAUAUGCCUGCCGGGCCAUCACCUUCGAGUCGGCGAUCUGUGUUGCGUAUUCGCGGGGCAAAUCGGCCCAUCUCCUGAUAUCCAACAGCCUUGCGAAGGGUGGUAUGCUGGCGGCGGGUCUCUCGAGGGAGGACGCCGCAGCUUACAUUGCACAACUCGCUGGUAAUGAGGGAUCAGUCCAUGUAGCAUGCGUCAACAGUCCAAAAUCCGUUACAAUAUCCGGUGACGUGGAUGUGAUCGCCCAAUUACAGACCCAGCUCGAGGACGCAAAGGUGUUCGUUCGCAGACUCCCAGUUGAGGUCGCGUACCAUUCCCACCAUAUACUGCGCAUUGCAUCCGAGUACCGCGACCUUCUUGCCGGCCUGCCCCUCCCGACAGAUUGUGGUGAUGGCAUUCCGUUUAUAUCGAGCGUUGAAGGAGGACCGAUACCGCAUGCCGCCCUCACGGCGGACUACUGGGUGAAGAACCUCACGGCGCCAGUGUUGUUUGCAGACGCCAUGUCCAGUCUCUUGAAGCAUCUGGGUAGUGGCCAAGGAGGCAGCAACAGCGUGGUCGCUCUUGCUGAACUGGGGCCUCACUCGUCACUCAAGGGCCCCAUCCAGCAGGUGCUCACCGAGUUCGCGCCUUGCUUCCAAACCACCAAGUUCGUCUACGCCUCCCCGCUCAUCCGGAACAAAGCUGCUACAACAACCUCGCUUUCGUUUGCCGGCGAGCUCUUCCGCAACGGCAUCGCCCUCGACUUGAGAGCAGUCAACUUCCCCGGCCCAGGGCCCCGCCCCGCAUGUUUGACUUCGCUGCCCUCUUAUCCAUGGGACCACUCGACCUCUUAUUGGCACGAAAGCCAGGUCAGUCGGAGCUACCGACACCGCGAGCACCCUCCGCAUCCGCUGUUGGGUGUCCUCACACCGGACUCUUCUGUUUUCGACCUGCGCUGGAGGAAAUAUAUUCGCCUCUCUGAGAUGCCCUGGCUUGCCGGCCACAAGGUUGAGGGGCGCAUUGUGUAUCGGGGGGCUGGGUAUCUGUGCAUGGCGCUGGAUGCGGCGAUCCAGUAUGCCGAGUCCACGAAUGCACAGUGGGCGGCUGUCGACCUGAGCGAUGUCGAAUUCCUGAACCCGUUGAUUGUUUCACCCGACGCAGAGGCUAUUGAGAUGAGCUUCUCGCUUAGACCCUCCUCCACGGCGAGGGGGAGGGAUCUGGCCGGUCGUCAUGAGUUUGUGAUCACUUCGAGGCCUGGCGACAAAGUUGUGUUUGAACAUUGUCGUGGAUUUGUAGCAAUUCUAUCACCGGACAGAGCCGCCUCGUUUUCUCUCAAUUGCACUGUACCAGUAAAUGUCCACGGCAAGACUGCGUUGCAAUCUAUGGAUCCUCUUACAAUGUAUGAUCGACUAUUAGAAAUUGGCAACCAAUACUGUGAUCCGUUCUGUGCGGUCUCAAGUGUGUCAUUCAAGUCCGGCUACUGCCAUGCGACAGUCGACAUUGCAAAGACCAACACCCAAGAUCAUUCUUUGUUCUCUUGGGUGCAUCCUGCAACAUUGGACGCGUGCCUACAUGCUCUUUUCCCCGCGGCGGCUGGACCAAUUCAGGGGUCGAAUUCCGUGAUGCCGACCAGCGUGAAGCGGGUUACCUUUUCGGCCGCUUGUGCAAGACCAGCAGCGCACGCAGGAGAGCUUGACGUCUUUUGUCACACCCGGAAGACAGGAGGCCUCGCGUUGACAGCCUCCUUUGAUGUUCAACUCGGUGGAGAGCCGUUGCUGUCUUUAGCUUCUGUUGCUGUGAAAGAGCUGGAGCGAAAGAGCUCCGAGACAAGCAGUAUAAGUCGCUCAGGUCAGUGCCAGCAGCUUGUCACCUAUCUUGAUACAGUACUCUCCCAACCAGAGGAGGUGAAGAGACUUUGUCUGGAGCGGUUGACAGAGGCGCCCCGGCCACGGCAUAUUGCUCUAUUGACGAAAGCGUGUCGGUAUUUCGCGGUGCGUGCACUGUCAAAAGACCUACAGCUAGGUGCUCAAGACAUGCCCCGACACCGAAAGGAGUACUUCGAGUGGCUGGAGCGUCUGUCAUCUGUGGUCGGGGUAGAGGAUGUAUCCCCGGCCGACGCUGAGCAGUUUCUUCAGGGAGUACAGAUCACAGGCUAUGAGGGGCAGAUGGUCUGCCAGAUCGGGCGCAAUCUAGAUGCCAUCCUUUACGGACUCGCUGAGCCGCUGUCAUUCAUGACGGAGAACAACCUGCUACACAAUGUGUACCGCCACGACGAGGGAAUGCAGCGGUGCGCUAUACCAGCCGCCGAGCAUAUACGCCUCCAGGCCCUCAAGAACCCUCGACUCCGCAUUCUUGAGAUUGGGGCAGGAACAGGUGGAACGACGCUCCCUGUUUUGCAGGCAUUGACCAGGGACCACGCGCGACCCUUGAUGGACAGCUACACCUUUACGGACAUUUCGUCUGGAUUCUUCGUGAAGGCAGAGGAGACCUUCCAGGCGUGGAAGCCCCUGGUGCAGUUCAAGACACUAGAUAUAGAAAGGAAUCCAGGCGAGCAGGGCUUUGAGGCUGCCACAUAUGAUGCUAUUGUGGCGGCCAAUGUGCUCCACGCGACGACAUACAUUGAACAAACCAUGCAUCAUGUGCGGAGUCUGCUCAAACCAGAGUGGGACUCGACACUUAGAGAAACGGGCUUCAGCGGAACUGACUUGUGUAUCGAUCCCCAUGAAACUUCCGAAGAGCAGACUGACAACCUGCUGAUAUCUACGGCGCUUCCGGACUACUCGGAUGACGGUGAGGUGCAGAUUCAGCUUGUUCUCUCUGAUCAGCAGCUCUGUUCAACCGAAAGCCCCGCUUACCAGCUAGCUUGGGCAUUGUCUCAGGCCCACGCUAAGGUGGCUGACGAUAUCGUGUCCCUGGGUGAAGCGAAGACUGAGAACAAGAACUGUCUGUGUCUGGCGGGGCUCGACGACGCAUUCCUAUCAACCAUGGACCAACCUGCUUUCGAAGCGUUCAAGCGCACCUUUAACUCAGCAAAGGAAAUCGUUUGGGUAACUCGUGGUGCUAUGAGUGACUACGCGAGUCCUCGCAGCUCCCUGGCCCUGGGUCUUAUUCGUGCUUUGCGCAAGGAAAUCCCUGCCGUGCGGAUGUUCAUCGUGGACCUCGACCCGGACCAAUCUGUCUCCCAGCAGACGUUAUGUGAAUCCUUGGACCAUUUCAUCAGACGCCUUGUCCUUAUACGGGCAGGUGACGAUAACGAGUUCUUACAGCGCAAUGGAAUGUGGCAUGUGCCCCGGUUGAUCACUGCUCCCGAGCCUUCGAGGGCCAUUCAGGCAACUCUUUCCCCCAACGUUCCCACCAGGCAAACAAAACCUCUCAUCAAGGCUGACCAGCCAUGCCGUCUUAGCCGUAACGAGUCGGGCUCCCUUCAGAACCUCUCUUUCACCAAGGUGCCAUUCGAAGAUCCCAUUGCGCAAGACGAAGUCGAAAUCGAGGUCCACGCCACAGGGAUCAAUUUCCGCGACAGCAUGAUCCUCCUCGGCGAGAUGGACGAUGAUCUUAUAGGUGAGUGUAGCGGCAUAGUCAGAAAGGUUGGUGAAUUUUUCAAGGGCAGGCUCUCCAUUGGAGACAGGGUAUACACCUGGUUUGUUCCCGCUCAUUCGACCAUCGUCCGAGCAAAAGGCUGUCUGGUCCAUCGCAUACCCUCGGCCAUGUCCUUUGAACAGGCUGCGUCUCUGCCUAUCAUCUAUGGAACCGUCUACUACUCUCUGUCUACGGCUGCAAUCCUGUUUGCGCAGCACAUCGGCGCCACCGUGUUCACGACGGUGGGAUCAGAUGACAAACGGGCACUCCUCAUGGAGAAGUAUGGCAUAUCCCAAGAGCACAUCUUCUCCACUCGAACGGGCGAUUUCCGGCACAAGGUCAAGACCCUCACGAAUGGCACAGGUGUGGACGUCGUGCUCAACUCGCUUUCCGGCUCAUUUCUGCAGGACUCGCUAGAUUCACUUGCUCCGUUUGGACGGUUCCUAGAGAUCGGGAAGCGUGACAUCCUGUCGGGGGCUCGCAUGGACAUGGCUGCGCUGGCGCAAAAUAUCACAAUUGCGGCCGUCGACCUCCUGCAGCUUGCACGCCAUCGACUGCCCAAGAUGGCCGAGGUAUAUUCGCGUGUCCAUGAGUUGGUUGUAUCAGGCACCUUUGCGCCGCCGACGCCCCUUCAUGUCUUUCCUGUAUCGCGUAUCGAAGAGGCCUUUCGCCACUUCCAAGCUCGGCCCUCUGGUAAGACUAUACUGUCGUUUACGCCGAACGACCAAAUUCAGGUCCUGGAUAGUCGGGCAGAGGGCGUGUCCUUCAAGCCGGACGCGACGUACCUUCUCGCUGGCGGCCAAGGUGGACUUGGUCGCGCCAUUUGUUCGUGGAUGGCCCAGUACGGGGCGAGGAACAUCGCCAUCCUUUCCCCUUCCGGAGAUCAGAAACAGACCACCCAAGAUUUGAUACGCGACCUCGCUAUUCAGGGGGCCAAGCUGGUUGCACUCCCUGUUGACAUCAGCAACGGUUCCCAGCUAUUUGCGGCAAUGGAGACCAUCAAGGCAACUCUCCCCCCACUCACAUACACGGAGCACCAAAGCAUUCUAUCUCCAAAAGUAGCAGGGACACAACACCUCCACAACGCGACAGUGCAGGAGCACUUGGACUUUUUUACCAUACUUUCAUCCUACGCCGGGCUAAUCGGAAACGCCGGGCAAGCGAGCUACGCAGGUGCUUCGACAUUCCAAGACGCCUUUGCACGCUGGCGCACGGGCCAGGGGUAUCCAACCCGGUCGUUGAACCUGGGUCCUAUUGUAGGCGCGGGAUACCUUCAUGACCACCCAGAGGAAUUGGAGUGGCUCCAGCGCGCAGGGCUGGAAGUCGUAGAGCUUGAUGCGUUCCUCGCGCUGCUAGGGUACGCAAUCUCGAGUCCUGUGAGGACGAUAGAGGAGAGUCAGAUUGGCAUUGGUUGGGCUGCUUCCUCUGGGUUACACAGCUCUUCAGCACUUUUCAGCCACCUGGCGCACAAGGAAACAGCUGGGGACCCUGAUCAACCAAAUGAAACUACCUCAGAUCAGGCUGCGGCCCAACAGGCCAGUCCGGAGGUGAUACUAUCCGAUGCCCUGGCUAAAGGGCUCACUCCAGCCCUGACGGCGGGAGUCACACUGGCAGUUUCGCGGAGCGUGUCCGCUUUGACCGGAGUUGCACUCGAGGACAUUGACUGCACAAAGUCCAUUUCGUUUCACGGCGGAGAUUCGCUUGUGGUGGUGCAGUUCCGCAACUGGCUCAGGAAGACGAUCGACCCGGGCUUUGGGGCUGGAAGGGACGUCGCGAAGCUGUCGCUGCAAGAGAUUGCUGAAAUGGCAGCGGAAUAUGCGAAGAAAUAG